AUAGACUAACAGGCAUCUAUAACAAAUAGUUUUCCCAAAAACAGUGGUGCGGCAACGGCCGUGGCACUAGAUACCGGUGAAGGUGCCAGCGGAAGUGCCACCACUAGCUGCCUCUGCUACCGGAAAUGCCUCUAUUAGCUGCCUCUGCUACCGGAAAUGCAUCUACUAGCUGCCUCUGCCGUGUAAAAAAGCAUAGACAUUAUAUAAGAUUAUAUAUUGUCUAUGUGGAAAAAAAAGUGCCAGGGGACCGGAAGUACUGGUAGUAACGUUUCUUAAAGCGGAAGUGGCGUCACGUCAUUCGAUGCAACUGAGUACUGCAUGCAAUCAACACUUGCAGCUGUUCCCAAUCCUGACCGCGCACCAGCUGCUCUCAGACCAGGCACCGCAGUGGCAGCUCUGCACCGGCGCACCUACAUCUACCAAGAUACAAACCUCUAUUUUUUUUUAAUUAUUAUUAUUAAAUAGCUUUGUGCUCCUGUGUGCAAUGCCAUUUGUGGAGGACCCCGCUCAGCUCUCUAAAUCUCGCCUGAAGUCAGAUUUAGUCGCCCACCAUGUGGCGCUGCCACCUGCAGCGAGCAAGAAGGAGCUAUAUGUGGAGCUCCACCUGAAGCACAUCGAUCAGAGCAAUUGUGCGGAUUUCUCCAGCGAUGACGACGAUCCAGUACAUGAUGUGGUAGGUGAGGAUCCAGAAAAUGCGACGGUGCUCGACCCAAGUGCUUUGACAGACAAGGAUCUCAAAGAUUUGCUACUCAAGCAUGGAGUUAAAGCUGGGCCCAUUGUAGCCUCCACCAGGGCCGUGUAUGAGAAGAAGCUCAGGAAACUGCUUCAGUCCGGUGGAAAGGAGGAAUUAAAUGAAGCGGAGAAUGCUGUGCUCUACUCGGACAGUGACGAGGAAGAGGAGGGUGACGAAAAUAAGGAAGAGCAGGAGGAGCCCGAGGGAAAGCAAGAACAAACAGUGGAUGCAUUGGAGCUGAACCAACAACGCUGCAAUAAGAAAAAUGUGCAUGUUCAGAGGGGCGACUUUGCUUACUCGCAGUGCUUUUUCUUAUCAUCACGGCUGCGUCCUUGUCCUCUUAAACAAAAUGAACGGAGUUCCAAGAGGAAUUCAAAGAAUGCAGUCAGAUCACCAGAGCAGACUCGAGAACACCGCUCACAGAUUCCUGGAGGAAUUAGCAAAGUAUCCAUAGCCCAACACUCAGGAUUAAGAUCAGGGGUUCCCUCUGGAUCUCAGUCAGUGGUGUCCAAUGGUUGCUCUUCGCGUUCCUCGCAGGCAUUCAGCAUCACUGAGAUGGUUGUUGAGAUGGAGAGUCGGACCUCACCCACCGUUUGCUCCGACAAGGAGUUGAGCCACAGCAGUAAGCAGGAACAUCGGUCACGCUCCAGCAGGCUGCUCAAGGAGGUUGAAGACAAGGACAUAAUCGUGGAUCAGGCAGUGCGUUAUACUCCCAAGGACUCCACUUGUGUAAAAGACACCAAGCCUCCUCAGGAACCAGAGAAUGAUAUUUUGAAGGAAAUCUUCCCAGACACAAACGCCACACCCACUGGGAUCUAUGCCACUCCACGCAGACCCAUCAAAGGGGCAGCACAGCGGCCCAUCCAGUAUGCGUACCCCAAAACCCCAGUCAGUCCUACGACCCUGGAGAGGCGAGAGGUGGAGAGACGUCUCGUGCCCAUCUACAUCCAGAUUUUGGUCUUCUUCACUGUGGUGUACGUCCUUUACGUCAUUUCUGUUAUUGUGGAGGACGGCAGCUCUGUUAUGCCCUUGCUGCAGAGUCUCAACCAGUGGUCAGACAGUGAAGAGGGAAGUCCAGCGCUGGAUGAGACGCAGGACACGCACUCAGCCUCAGGAGAGCUUUAACUGUUUCAUUUACAAACCUGUGUUGACAUAAAGGUGCGAGCUUGCUGAUUUGAUGGCCAGGACAGGAUCAUUAUUGGUUAAGAAUCCGCCAGUCCAGUUUAACAUUUCUGUAUUUUCUUUUGUUUAACUCCUUUAUAUUAACAUGUUCUUAUCACCAUGUUUGUAGCGGAUGAAACACCUAUUUAUGGAAAAGGGACAUUUAUUCUUGAUUAAAAAUUGUAAUAUGUAUUGCUUAUUUAGAUUUGGUGAAAACUUGUGCUUUGAAUUUCUAUUGUAAUACUUGUUUUUAUAUAUGAUGGUUCAAUAAAGGUUAUUUUACUUCA